UUUAAAACCCUAAAAAAUUUAUCGAUAUCGUAAAACUUAAAAGCAUAUAAACACGUUGAAGUAUUCCAUAUUCUCAAGUGUUAUAAUUAAAAAAAAAACAUUUUUUUGCGAAAUUAUCUCCCACACUUUGAGAUAAAAAAAAUUGAUACACACCAUAAAUCAACGUGUGCGUUUCACGAGAUUUCAUAACGCGUACGAUUUCUAAGUCAUCAACAUGACUUGGCCUUCGACACCUAUUUUUCUUCUCCUAAUAGGAGUUUGCGGCGUUUUUGGUCAACAAUCCGUCGUAUCUGAAUGGUGGCAACACGCCGUUAUUUAUCAAAUUUACCCGAGAACUUUCAAAGAUUCUGACGGUGAUGGAAACGGAGAUUUACAAGGUAUUAUCAGCAAAUUGGAUCACAUGCAAGAGAUGGGCGUUGAUGCAGUUUGGUUAUCACCGAUUUAUCCAUCACCUCAAGUUGAUGGAGGGUACGAUAUAAGUGAUUAUCGAGGAAUUGAUCCUAUUUAUGGAACAAUGGAAGAUUUUGAGGAAUUGGUUGCUAAGGCGAAUGAAAAAGGGAUGAGGAUUGUGAUGGAUUUAGUUCCUAAUCAUUCAAGCGAUCAACAUGAGUGGUUCCAAAAAUCAGUUAAGAAGGAAGGAAAAUAUGCUGAUUAUUAUGUUUGGAGAGAUGGGAGAGGUGAAGAUGGCAUGGAACCACCUACAAAUUGGAACAGCGUUUUUGCUGGACCUGCUUGGACGUAUCAUCCAGAAAGGGGUCAAUUUUAUCUUCAUCAAUUUGCAAAAGAACAACCAGAUUUAAAUUUUGAAAAUGCUGAUGUUGUACAAGAAAUGAAGGAUAUCAUAUCAUUUUGGCUUGAAAAAGGAAUUUCUGGUUUCCGAGUAGACGCAAUUCGUCAUCUUUUUGAAGAAUAUAAAGACGAACCUCUUUCAAAUAACGGAGAUCCUCCAAAUUCACAUGGUUAUUACGAACACAUUUAUAGCGCCGACCAAGAUGGAACUUACGAUAUGGUAUACCAAUGGAGGAAACUUUGUGAUGAUUUUACAGCUGUUAAUGGUGGAGAACCUAGGAUUCUUAUGACUGAAGCUUACACUAAUGUAAAAGAAGUUAUGAGAUAUUACGGUGAAAAUGAUGCAUUGGAUGGAGCUCAAUUUCCGUUUAAUUUCGAUUUGAUCGGAUUAAAUGUAGAAACAGAUGCUCGUGAUAUUGUUUUAUUAGUCCAUACGUGGUUUGCUUAUAUGCCAGUUGGUGCAACACCUAAUUGGGUGCUUGGAAAUCAUGAUCAACAUCGUAUUUCAACAAGAAUAGGAAGUCGAUUGAAAGCAAAUAUGAUGAAUAUGUUAACAUCAGUCCUUCCAGGGGUUAUGGUAACUUAUAACGGCGAAGAAAUCGGUAUGGAAAAUGGUGAAGUAACUUUCGAACAAGGAAAAGAUCCCUCAGGUUUGGCAGCUGGCCCUCAAGGUUUUGAUGCUAUCAGCAGAGAUUUUGAAAGAACUCCUUAUCAUUGGGAUGACUCAGAUAACGCUGGAUUUACUGAAAGUGGCGUAGAACCUUGGUUACCAGUUAGCAAAAAAUACAAGGAAACUAACUUGGCGAAGGAAAAAGUAACAAAAGCUUCAGUUUACCAAAACUACAAAGCUCUUUUGGAACUUAGAAAUACUUCGAGAGCGCUUCGUGAAGGGACAUGGGAAAUUUAUUCGAUUAAUAAAGAUGGACUUUUGGUGAUUAGGAAAUAUCCUGGGGAAAAAUCGGUUGUGUUCGUUUGUCAUUUAGGGGUUACAACAAAACCUUUCGAAAUUGAUUUAUUAGCUUAUGGUUUUCAACCGACAAAUCAAGUUUUUGAUGUCAUCGCUACCAGUGUUGAGGAUAAAUUUUCAUCGACUUUAGAAUUGAACAAUUCUAAGAUAACUUUGAAUCCAAACGAAGAUUAUGUACUUCUUGAAAGAAUUUAAAAUAUCAAUUUGUUCCUGAUAAGAAAAUAAAAUGCUUAAACUAUGAA